AUGCCACUGGAUUUCAACCACAACAGCGCAGCUAAGAUUUUGGUUGAAGUUGAGUUGAGUAAAGGUUUCCCUUCAAGAAUUGCUGCUAAUGAUGAAAAUAGAUAUAUUUAUAUGGUUGAUGUUGACUAUGCUUGGUUGCCUUCUAAAUGUGAAAGAUGUGGUCAGCUCGGACACAAGAUUAAGAACUGCUUGGAAUCUGUUACUAAGUCUCAUAUAGUUGCCACUGAUGUUUCUGAAAAUCCCUCUAAUGGUAGCACUGUGGUCGUCGAGACCAACAAACUACCAAAAUUUGCCCAACCUGACACUUCUUUAGUUCAAACUUUAGCUGUCACAGUAUCUCCUCCAAGUAAUGAAUCAAGUGUGGUCGACAUUGCUAUUCUCGAGAACCAGUUGUGUGGUACUUUAUCAGCAAUCCCAGUGUUCCUGAGUGUGACUGAGAUGAGUUUGCUUAUGACAUAUCUAGUCGAUUGCUUGUGCUUGUGA